CCCGCGUAUACAGGCUCUAAUCUAGGCAGCAUUUCCUACCUCAGACCCCUGGCAGCCGGUUCCAAUUUUCGGGGAUACAAUCAAGAAGAUGCUUUUUUUUCGCCCGGCCUAAUACUUCGAGGGUCUGAGCAAAAUUUCGACACUUGUACUAAGCGCGCUGGCGUCGAACACGUGGGCCAUGUCAUGUCCGACUGUCCGACAUACAAAGAUAGCCUACUCCAUACAUUGGUUGAUUCGGUGGCCUGGUGGAGCUGGCUGCAGAACACCUGCAGCCGUUCGUUCCACAUAAGUUCCUGAUAGCCAGUCAGAGCCCGACACAUGUGUCUCACUUGUGACGGGAAAACUCCUAAUCUGACUUAUCAUUCCACAAUGAGGGAAGAUGUGGUAUACUGGGCACUGCCCUUCCAAAACCUCCGGAGAGGAGGGUCUUAGAACUACAAUUCCAUGACCCCUAAUAUCACGUGGAGGUCAACCACACAAUGGCGCCCGAUGAGCAAGCAGGUUGUUUUACCAGACUCUUUCAAAGGUUUCAAAACCAUCGGAGUUCCCAGAAAGACACUAUUCAGGGAGAUACCGAAGCAAAACCCAAAUGCUGUUCAGAAUUAUCAAACGGCACCAGAACUCCGGGUGCUGGGGAUGAACUUCGUGACGCUACUGUUCCAGAACCCAACGUUGCAAGUCCUAUUCAUGAUGGAGCAAGCCAGCCGACCUCGGUUGAGCCGGCUGUUACUGAUGACAUCGAAUCAGCGAAUAGUCAACGCAAUCCUAGUGGGGCCACUUUGUCUAGAUCCAGUAUUUCGACGCCACCUCAUUCCACCACGACUUCAUAUUCGAUUCACAAGGCUCUUUGGGAAAAGGCUUACAGCGACCUAAAGUCCGACAAGAAGAAAGCAAAAUACAUGGAGAAAUAUGAGGAAUUACUUUCCACAGUCUUUCUCGGCAGGGACGAAGUUAAUCAAGGUCUCGGAGAAGAGCAAAUGAAAGAACUCGUCGCCCUGGGUCUGGAGAAAGUCGAAAGAUACAAAGCAGCGGGUGAGCUUUUGGGUAGCAAACUCGAGGUUGUCACAGCUAUCAAGAACAUUCUCGAUAUCCCUAUGACAAAAAUCACGCACACUGCAUUGCCUUGGGCAAUCAUAUCUUCAAGUGUGGAUGUAAAGGCUAACAAUAUCCGCUACCAGAUAUUGCUCAAGCCAGUCAAAGCUGGCGCAGAAUUGUACAAUAGUGUGGGUUAUGUCGUUAGCAGAAUUGAAUGGUACUCCAAUUUCACCGACCAACUUUUAAGGCAAGAGCGCAUCGGUGACGAGGGUCCUUUAACGACAAUCCGCAAGGACAUCGAAGCUAGGAUCAUAGACCUUUACCAGUCCCUCCUAUUUUAUCAGAUCAAGAGCGUCUGCUUCUACUAUAAAAAACAGCUAUUCGUGUUGGCCCGUGGAAUACUGGACCUCGACGACUGGAGUAGGGAUUUGCAAGGCGUUAAGGAUGCAGAAGACCACCUUCUUCGAGACUCGAGUCUCUAUAAACUGGAAUGCCUGAAUGAUAAAGUGAGGGAUAUCAGCAUGGAUCAAAAGACACAGAAGGACAUUGAAAGUUUCCACGGCCGUCUGCACGCUAUAAGUCACGUCGACCCAGAGAACAUCGAAGUGCCGAUCGAUGAUUUGUACGCAUGGACCUUUAGAACCGAUGCGUUUAGGCGGUUUUCCAGAUGGGAGGAACAGGAUGCACCGAGACGACUAUGGAUCAGCGGGCAAGCUGGAACAGGAAAGACGAUGCUCCUGAUAGGGGCUAUCAAGCAGAUCCAAACUUCUUGCUUACUGAAAACUGCAAGUGGAGACCCUCCAGUGCUCAUCUAUUUUUUCUGUCAAUCUAGCGACGACAAAUUGAACAAUGGAGCAGCACCAGGGUUGCUACAACACCUGCAGAAGAAAUUCUCUUCCUCAGGGGACAAAUUUAUAUAUGAUCGGCAUUCGAUUUUUACUUGGCAAGAUAUCUUGAUCGACAUGUUGAGCGACUGUGACCGGGUGAUUGUUGUGAUUGAUGCUAUUGAUGAGUGCGAUGAAGUAUCGAGGAGAUAUCUGAGGAACUUCCUGGAUGGAAUAUUGCACAUGGAUAACCUAUCCCAUGUCAAAUGGCUGAUUUCAAGCCGGCCUAUGCACGAGCUUCCAGCAAGCAUGCCAAGCAAGGCAUCGGAAAGACCACGCUUGCUGACUCUAGAUGAUCGCAUUCUUUCACCCUUGAUCAACGCGUACAUCAGUCGAAAGAUGUCCGAUAUUCAAGAGCGUGCCACAAACAAAGAACAUGUAGUUGAAAUAAAAGACCAACUCUGCGAGCGCGCAAGCAACACAUUCAUCUGGGCUUCAUUGGUUAUCCGGAAACUCGAAGAGUCGCCGGAGUUCAAAUGGAAAAGAAUUCUGGCCCAGAUCCCCGAUCAUUUGUACCAACUCUAUGGGUUUCUACUUGAGGGAAUAGAAGACCAAGAAUGCAAGGACGUUCUCGCCGUGGCUAUGCUGGCACGCCGCCCGUUAACUCUAUUGGAGAUUGAGCAUCUCGCCGGGCUAGAGACGGGUAUGAAUGCAGGGAAGGACUCUGUUAUCCUUUGUAAAUCAUUCUUGACUCUUCGCAGCGACACCGUUUAUCUGAUCCAUCAAUCAGCUCAAGAUUGGCUCAUCCAACAUCACUAUCGACUGCGCAAUAUAUCAUUGCAAGGGUUUCACACCUCUAUCCUCCAAAGAUCGCUUGAAGGACUUGACGAAGUUUUGAGAGAGAAUAUAUAUAUGCUGCCACAUUAUGGUCUUCUAACGCAGGAGGUGAAGCCUCCAACAGAUAAUCCACUAUCAUCUAUCCGCUACAGCUGCCAGUCCUGGGUGUACCAUCUUAAGGAAAGCAAUAUUACUUUACCCAGAGAUAUUCUUGAUUUCCUACGAGCUCACUUUAUUCACUGGCUUGAGGCCAUGGCCUUGCUGGGGCUCCUGCCAGAGACAGUCGAGGUUGUUGACGUGCUGCAAUCAUUAGAAGCUUUCCAUGCAGAUCCCGAAUUGGCCGACUAUCUAAUUGAUGCCAAACGAUUCAUCCUCAAGAAUCUCCCUGUCGUGACUUUGGCUCCCCUGCAGCUCUACGUUUCUGCACUUAUACUUACGCCGAUGAACAGUCUGGUGCGAAGCACGGGCUCGCUUCCUUCCUGGAUUUGCAAACCUACACAAGUGGACGAGAACUGGGGAUGUUUGUUGCAAAUCCUCGAACAUCAAAGCGGUGUUCACUCCGUAGCUUUCUCACCAGACGAUCGGCUCCUGGCGGGCACAGAUGCAACUGGGGCCUUACACAGAGAAGUUGAACACGGGUAUGAUUCGGGCCACCUCACGCGCGUUGAAUUUUCUCCGAACAAGCAGAGUUUGGUCUCAGGGUCGUCCGAAGGCCAGAUUCAUAUAUGGGAUACAAAGAAAUGGCACCGGACACAGACACUGCGCCCUGCCGACUUGUCGUGUCGGAUAUCAGAUACGGCUUUCUCCCCGGACAGCCAGAUGCUAACAUGCUCAUCGGAGCAUACGGUCAAUGUGUGGAAGAAGAGUUCGACUACAUGGAAUUUACAAUGGAAUUUCAAUCCAUCCGAAGAAAUCACCAGCAUUUCGUUUUCAUGCAACGGCCUACUGCUUGGUUCGGCCAUGUGGGGACAUAUCAUCAUUUGGAAUAUGGAAACCGGGGCAUUGCACCACACCAUACAGCGUCUGGACUCUUUCACAACGGUCAGGUUUUCGACUGACAAUAAAUCCCUGCUUGCAGGCUUUCGCUCAGAUGGCGUCAUAAUCUGGGACAUAAACGACUGGAGCUUAAAGCAAAUUAUCCCAAAUGCAGAUCAGUAUUCCAUAUUUUCUCUUUCACCGGACAACAACUACAUUGCAGCCCCAGGAAACAAUUCAAUCACAGUGAUGAAAGCAGACAUGGGCGUGAUCUAUCAAACUCUAAAGGGUCACCAUACAGGGCAUAUAGAAGAGGUAACCUUCUCUUCAGACAGCCGGUUGCUGGCAUCAUGUGGAUCGGAUAAAACAAUCCAUCUAUGGGCCAUCGCACCUGGAGGAUUCACCGAUAAUCCAAACCACCACUCGGAAUUGAUCACAACCGUUGCGUUUUCCACCGAUGGCUCUCUGGUCGCGACAGGAGCAAGGGAUUCCACCAUCAAAAUCUGGGAUGCCGAAACUGGCCACCUUAUAAGCACUAUGGACAACAUGGGCCAUUCCAUCAACACAGUGAAGAUCUCACCGAAAAACAAGCUGCUAGCGUCGGGUUCAGAUGACGGAAGUGUCACAGUGCGAAAUAUCCAGACAGGAGAGUCGAUCGUGGCACGAAACGGAUGUGGAAGCUAUCAGUAUGAACGGCACAUCAGGGAAAUCCAUUUCUCUCGGAGCAGUCGGCUUCUAGCCGCGGUGCCAGUCUGGGAUGUCGAAGUGUGGAACACAAAAACCGGCAAUCUGGUCAAGUCAGCACUGCAGGGCCUCGCAGGCGAAGAACUCCAAGAAGCCCUAGAAUCUCUAGAGCAGAAUAUGUACUGGGCCAAGACGAAGAUUACUGUUGAGGAUGAAAUUCCGUAUGACGAUGCCCAACCUUCGCAGCAAUGUCAGAUCUCCAUCGCUGAUGGCUGGGUGAUUCUCGGACAACAAAAGAGGAUCUGGAUUCCACCUGAACACCGACCAUAAAUGAAUGCAUGGACUCAAAAAAACAACAUUCUGGUCAUUGGAAC